CACUGCUAUUCACCGUUCGGUUCGGCUAUCAUAUGUUUUCUAUUUUAUUUUAUUAAAACAAGCAGAAUAAUGUGAGUCCCAGAGUGCUAAAUAAAUAGUCCGUGCGUCGUUAUCGUAAAUAGAGUGUGCAAAAGCGAGUAGAGUAGAUCUCUGCAGUGAAUGUGAAAAAAGAAAUGCAAGUGAAAAUUACAACAAAAAGAAGCAAACACACACACACACACGAGACUCUGCCGCACAUUUAGGCCGAUGUAUGUGUGUCGCUCUUUGGACGCAAUUUUGGUAGCAGGACAGUGGAGCCAAGGGAAUCUGGGCCCCGAGUGAAUGGUAGAGUGCACUUGGCGACUCGCAGACUCGACUUCCCCGAAAAACGGAGCAUUCAAAAUAGCACAAGAGAGAUGAUCAUCAUCGGACAAUGAUGAUAACGAAGGCGAGACUACUCUGCUAAUGAAGAUGAUGUAAACGAAGCCAAACGCAAACUCUCCUCUUUCUUUCCACUUUUGUGCACCGAAACGAAAGCGAAACUCGAAAGCAAAAGAAAUCGAAAGAAAUACAACCCCACCACCACUGCCACAUAAUAUUUCACUGAAUUGAAAUCGAAACUGCAUUCUUUACACACAUAUCUGGGCAAUCGCCAAAACGAAUCGAAAUAUGAGAUUGUCGCGGUGCUUAUCGGUCAGUGGAGACCGCCUGCUCCUCCUGCUGGCGGCUACACUCGCCAUCGCCCUGGUGCAAGCGGAGCGGGACUUCAAUGUGAACGACUCUCAGGUGCCAGUCAUUGAACCAAAGGAUGUGCCUGCCUACAAGCAGGAUCCCUAUGUGACAGAGCUGAUGGGAUGCCAGAAUCAGCAGAACGAGAUUGUGCUAUCGCUGCUGCUGAAGAAGCACGACUGGAGCGAGCUGACGGCCACCAAGCGAGCUCAUGUUCAGUCAAAGUUGGCGAAAUUCUUUGCCAUACCCAAGGAAUUCAUUUCGCUGGAUUCGGUGUCAAAGCGGGAGCUCAGGUCCAUGCACAAGCUGGCCAUGAGGAAGGGCGGCAAGGGGAACAAGAAUAUAGAGACUCUAAAUCGUCGGCUGGGACGCGCCAGUUUCAUGAUCGGCUGUGGUCCAAGCUACUUUGUCAUGGGUGAGCCGAUAGCCAAGCAGAUUGCCCACCAGGUGAAGGAUGGGACCAUUGGUGCUUUGACGGAGGAGAACUUUGGUCUCUGGUUUAUUUGGCGCAAGGAAUUGAAGUCCAGAUCGCAACGCAGGCGACGUCAGUCGGAGGGUUCUGGUGCCGAGGAUGAUGACUACGAGUAUGAAGAUGAUGGAGAGGAAGUUUCUGAGCCAAGCACGGAAGUGCCAGCGGUGACUACGCAUGCGCAUCGUCAUCAUCAUGGAGUGUCGGAGGGUGAUUCUGCCUCUGCACCUGCCACGCCCUCGGUGGCCAGUGUGGAGGAGGAGAUCGAGGAGAGCGUCUCCAAGCUGGAGUCCGUGAUUAGCAAGACCAUUGAGAAUACGAAGAAUAUCAAGGAGCUGGUCCCCGUGCUCGGGCCAUCGGCCGUCGAUGAGGUUGGUGCUGGUGCGGACGAUGAUGAUGUGGAGGAUGUGGAGCUCCAGCAGUUGGGUGCUGUUGCAGGGAAAUUCCAGGAAAAUUAUGUGGUCACCACUACAACGGCUGCCACAACAGCCACAACUGCGAUGCCUGGCUCUGGCACGGAUGUGCUAAAGACUAGUUACAUGGAGGAGGAAUCUGCGAAUCAGGUGGAUGCCGUUGCCGUCGUAGAUGUGGAUGCUGUUGCCACAUUCAGCACCGCUGAUAGCACCACACCCCCACCCAUAUCGGGGUCCGUCUCUGGCGACACACAGCACAGUAGCAGCAGCAGCAGCAGCAAGCAGAAGCCAUUCUCACCCUAUGAUGCCACUUCCUCAGUGUCAAUGCCCUCCUCCUCCUCGUCCUCUGUUGUGCCAUCAAUCGAAGCUGUUGAAACGUCUUCGUUGCCAUCCAUGUCCACCGCUGCAUCGACAACUGGGACCUCCUCCUCCUCAUUCUCAUCCCCAUUCCCAUCCUCUUCUCCAUCCUCUCACAUUGUCGCCAUCACAGACAUUGUGUUAGAUAGCAACAACAACAAUACUCUAACAACUUCAUCAUCAUCAUCAUCAACAAUCACACCAACAGCAACAAUGUCAACUACAACACCAGCAACAACAACAACAACACUGUCUGAAAUGUCGCCAAAGCAGCCAAAUGUAAAUGAUUUCGAGCUGAGCAGCUUUCCGCCCAUCGAAGAUAAUGAAGAUGCAACAACAAUACAAACAACAACAACAGCUGCUGCAGCCAGAACGUCCUCCUCCGGCGAAAUCGAUGCUCACGUAGUAGAGUCCACAGCAACGCACCGCACAAUUAGUUCUAAGGAAGGAGAGGCCGAUGCCAUCAGCACCCCCAACAACAACAGCAUCAGCAGUGGAAGUGGCAGUGGCAGUGGCAGUGGCAGCUUAGCCAAUAAUGAGCAGCUGUUCCCAGGCUCUUCAGUGCCCCCCUCCUCGGUGGCGACGACAACACCUGCCACGCCCGAAGCGACCAGCACCGUCAGCACAUUCGCUUCGACGGAUUAUGUGGAGCCACAGCCGGAGAACAGUGUGCCGAUUAUUAAGACGCGUCUGCAGAAACUGGCGGUGACCUCGGGCAAGGCUUUCACCAUGAUAGUUCCCGAGGAUACCUUCUGGGAUGCCGAAGAUCAGAGCAACCUGCGUCUGGAGCUCACCGACAAGGAUAGCCACGAGCUGAAGUCCAGCUCCUGGCUUCAGUUCAAUGCCGAUAAGCGGGAAUUGUACGGGCUACCUUUGGACGACGCAGUGUCCCGUUGGCAGUAUCGGCUCUCUGCCACAGACUCGGGAAAUGCCACCGUCACGGAAACGGUGGAGAUUAGCGUGCAGCAGCACCGUGGGGUGCGGACCAUCAACCACGAGAUCAGCAUUGUCGUGAAGAUCAACGAGAAGCGAGGCCACAACAUUGACUGGCAGCUGAAGCUGAUUAAUGCUUUGGCUCGUACCCUGGAUGAUGACAGCAGCUCGGCGGUGGUGGUGCGAGAGAUUCGUCAGACGCCGCUGGAUCCCAAUAGCGCCAUCUUCGUGUAUUUCAACGAGACCCUGCCCACCAGCGAUUGCCCCGAGAAGGAGCUGAGCGAGCUUGUAAGCCGUCUGGAUGCCCAGCGUCUGAGCGAUCUGGUGCAGCCGCUGUUGGGCAUUAAGUCGAUUACUGGCCAGCUAAUUGGGUCCUGCCAGAAGGAUCUGACAAAGGUGAAGCCCACCAUGCAGAUGGCCAAGAACGUGCCGCCGAUGCCUCGCAACCAAGUGGAUCGCGUGAAUGCCAGCGUGGGACAGCUGUUGGUGUUCAAGGUGCCGCCAGAUACCUUCUACGAUGCCAAUGAUAACGACUUGACGCUCACUCUCAAGUCCAAGGACCAUAAGGAGUUGGGCACACGCCACUGGCUGCAGUUCGACUCGAAAAACCAGGAGUUUUACGGCAUCCCCAAGGGGGGCGACACCGGCUCCGAGGAGUACCUGCUGGUGGCGGAGGACAGCGGUGGUCUAAGUGCCCACGAUGCCCUCGUUGUAGUCGUUAGCCAUCCCCCCAAAAAGGAAUUUGGUGCCUUCUUCAAGGCCUACCUAUCCAUUCGCCAUGAAAACUUCAAUGCUGACUUGCAGCGUAAGUUUGUGGAGCGCAUAGCCAAGGUUAACGGUGACGCCAACACCAAUCAGAUCCAGAUCCGUUCCAUCAACAUUCACCACGACUCGGACGGUACCAUUGUCAACUUUUACAACACGUCGCUGUACAAGCAUCACAACCGCUGCCCGGAGAAGGAGCUGGCGGCCACUCGCAGUGUCUAUCUGGUCGGUGACAACCUGAGGGAUAGCGUGAAGCGAGCCAUGGGCCCGGAGCUGAAUCUAACCAACUUUUCGGUGGCGCCCUUUGGCAGUUGUCAUCAUUCCGAAAACAUAGACAUCAAUCAGCACGAGUUCGUGCCCACGCGCACUGAGGAGCCCAGCCAGAAGUCAACCUUCAGCGAGGAGUACUUGGCCAAUUUCAUUUUGCCGGCUGUCAUCAUUCUGGUCAUGAUAGUGCUGGCCUCUAUUGUGGCCUGUUGCCUGCACAGGCGUCGCCACAAGAGCGGCAAAAUGGAGCUUGGCGACGAAGAAGAGCGAAAAUCCUUCCGGGCCAAGGGCAUACCCGUCAUAUUUCAGGAUGAAUAUGAGGAAAAGCCCGAAAUCGGCAACAAGAGCCCCGUAAUACUCAAAGACGAGAAGCCACCGCUGCUGCCACCGUCCUACAAUACCUCCAACAUGAAUGGCGACAAUGAUGUGGAUGAGUAUGUGCCACCGCCAGCUGUUGUAGUGGGCGGAAGGGAGGUGCGAGGGAAGUCACCGGCCACGCCCUCCUACCGCAAGCCACCGCCAUAUGUAUCGCCAUAAAUCAGUGUCAAGAAUCAGCAGCAAACGAAGCAGCAACCGAAACCGAAAGAGCAACCAGCAACAAUAAUAACAAUCGCAUCGUAUUAACCACACAAUCUAUAUAUAUGCAAUCUUACAUAUGUACAUACAUAUAUGUUUUGUAACAGCAACAAUACGUACAUAUAUGUGUGUAUGUAUGUAUCUACCGAUUUGGCACAAUUUAUAUAUGCAACUAAGCAAAACUCUUUUGUAUAUAUCCAAGUGCAAAUUGGUUUCUUUUUGGACUACGUAUUCGAAGGAAGGCAACGGAUAUAGAAUAUUCCAUAUUGAAGACAAAACGUACUCAAUGUGGAAGAGGAGACGAUGUUUUUGUAUUAAUCAUCAGAGAAAAACAAUCAAUUAACGUUUUUAGUGCGAACAGCUGGCAAACACUUUUGUAGCUUGAUGAGCGAAAAUCACAUUUAAAAACACACAAACACUAAACAGAACACACUAUUCAACAUAUUAUUUAUUUAGUAUGUACUCUAAUUUAUGUAUACGUACACCACGAACCACAUCCACGAACACGAAUUGUAAUGAAUUGUAUUAGUAGACAAGCAGCUAGAGCUAGCAAAGCAAACCGACACACAAACUCGAGCCCAUUUAAGCAUAGCAUUUACACAAUCGGUAAUACUAUUGACUAAGUUAGGUGCAAGACGCCUGGAGCAUGUCCCUUGUCUGCUUUUAUACGUUUUAUAAUCGAAUUCUGUGCAUGCUUAUACACCAACAGGACUUUCCGCUUAACAUUUGCUUAAGCUGAAUUGUUUGCAACAUUUUAGUUGAACUUUGGAUUAGAGGAACACCAGCAACACAGGAGGAGCACUACCCUGGCUGCUCGAUGCUUGAUGGGGUGUUACCCAAAAAAA